CUUACGACUAUUAUAUCCGUUUAGAAUUAUUUAAGAUUAAAUGGUUCGAUGCACGUGACACGGUCGUUUCCUCGUGACUCGUAACUCCAUCUUAUUCUACCAAUAAUUUAAAUGUAAUAAUGUUACUUACAUAAAUUGUAUAAACAAUUUAAAGAGAAGGAAUUUUAGACGUACAAUAGCAUAAAUAUGGAACACGAUACGGAUAAAAGUUUAGAUGAAAUUUGCGAAACUUUGGAUAACUUGAUGAUUGAAAAUUUAGAAUUAUUGGAUGAAAAAUUAUUGGUGACCUUUGAGUUAGAAAAAUUAUUACGGGAAGGACAUUUGGAGCUUGCUAAAGCUCGAUAUAUUAGAGGAAAAGAAAGUAUAGGAUUAUUGCAAAUUCCAAGCGAAGAGACUGAAAUUCAAUCAUUAUUUAGUUUAGAAACAACCUACGUUAAGAGCGAUAAGGAUGCUAAUAUAGAAAUCCCAACCUUUGAUAUAAGCUUGAAGAAAUCGAACAAAGGUGAAAAAGAACCACAGAAUCCCAUCAACUGGUUUGGCGUCCUGGUGCCACAAAAUUUAAAAUUUGCUCAGAAGCAUUUUCAAGAUGCGUUAUAUCUUGCGAUUAAAUUGGCAAAUAUUCAAGCCCAAUUAGCAAAAGUAACUAGCGAGACAGCUUCUUUUAAGCUGUUGAAGGAAGCUGCAUCUUGAUCUCUACUAUAAUCCAUUAUUUAAUAAACGUGUAUGACAAUUCGUUUA